GGAAGUUAAUAGUUAAAUUGAAUUGGGAAUGUAAUAUGUGUGUUAAGAUUUGUUUUGGCUAUCCUGCAGUUAUGGUAGCCUGUUUGUGUUGAAUAUUUUUAUUGUUGAUUUGAGAUGGCUAUCCUGUAGUUAUGGUAGCUUUUUUGUUUUGAAUUUGUUUAUGUUUGGGAUGGCUAUCUUGCAGUUAUGGUAGCCUUUUUUGUUUUGAAUUUGUUGGUUUCAAGGGGUGGUAGUAGGAUAGCUUGAAGUAUUUUGUUGUUAAUAAUUAGGUUGUGUUGGCUAUCCUGCAGUUAUGGUAGCCUCUGUAGUUUAGAGGGGUUUGUAGGAUGCGAAGAUAUUUUGAAGUAUUUUGUUGUUAAUAAUUAGGUUGUGUUGGCUAUCCUGCAGUUAUGGUAGCAUCUAUAGUUUGAACUUAGUUAUUGAAAAAUAGUGAAAAUUCAGGGGAGUAAGUUAUGGAUGUGAGAGAGUGAGAGACAUAUGUUUCUAAUCAAACCUAUUUAUGUUUUAGGGACUUAAACGAUGGAUAAGGAUUGGAUGAAACUUAGAAAUAAGUUAUCCCUUGAGUAUAGACAUUGAGUGACCCAAUUUUUAGAAUUUGCCAAAUUUUACGUUGAUGCUUACGGACGAUUGAGGUGUCCAUGCAAGAGAUGUUUGAAUUUAAAUUGGAGCUCAUUAGAGGGUGUGGAACGACAUCUGCUGACUAUUGGAAUAUACCCCUACUACACAGAAUGGGUGUAUCAUGGAGAGUUAUUAAGCUAUAGAGGUACAGAAAACUUUGAGGAAGGAACUAGUAGUAAUCCUUUUAAUGAAGGAACUAGUAGUACACAAUUUAAUGAAGAAGGUGAUAUCUUUGGUAUGCUAAAUGAUUUACAAGCCCCUAUUGAACAUGAAGAGGAAAGAGAGGAAUUUCGUUUAGAAGAUGAAAUGGCGAUGAAUGUUGGGGUAAAUAUAGAUGAAAAUACAACAAAUAAUAUAUUUCAGGACUUAUUGAAUCAAGCACGUAAUGAGUUGUACCCCGGUUGUUCUGAAUUUUCGUCGUUGAAUUUUUUGGUUAAGUUGAUGCAUAUGAAAGUUCUAAAUGGUUGGAGUAACAAGUCGUUCGACAUGUUAGAACUUUUAAGAGCAGCGUUUCCAAUGUGUAAUAGUACUAUUCCUAGUUCAUUUUAUGAAGCAAAACGAAAACUUCGUGACUUGGGCUUGGGAUACGAGACUAUUCACGUGUGCAAGUAUGAUUGUGUAUUGUAUUGGAAAGAGUUUGCUGAUUUGCAACAUUGUCCUACAUGUGGCGAGGCUAGGUACAAGGUUAAUCAUAAUAGAGGGAAAAAAAUUCCGCAUAAGGUAUUGCGCCACUUUCCUUUGGUACCUAGAUUACAGCGCUUGUUUGUAUUGCAGGAAGGGUCUGCUGACAUGAGAUGGUAUAGGGACAAACGUGUUGAAACAGAUGAUGUCUUGAGACAUCCAGCUGAUGCAGAGGGGUGGAAGCACUUUGAUUCUGAAUUUCCUGAUUUUGCUUCUGAUCCACGAAACGUGCGUUUGGGCUUGGCUUCAGAUGGGUUUAACCCAUUUGGUCAAAUGAGUACCUCAUACAGUAUGUGGCCUGUUGUGUUACUUCCUUACAAUUUGCCACCAUGGAAAUGCAUGAAAGAGACAAAUUUCUUUAUGUCACUGCUCAUACCCGGUCCUAAAUCUCCUGGUAGGGAAAUUGAUGUGUAUUCCAACCAUUGAUUGAGGAAUUGAAGACUUAUGGACUUUUGGGGUGCGUACGUAUGACUCUCUUACAGGUCAUUUCUUUCAGCUAUACGCAGCCUUAUUGUGGACGAUUAAUGACUCCCCGACGUAUGGUGACCUAUCAGGGUGGAGUACGAAGGGGUAUCAGGCAUGUCCUAUAUGCAUGAGUGAUAGAUCGUCCUUCGGGAUACGAGGUAGAAUAUCUUUCAUGGGACAUAGACGCUAUCUUCCACAGAAUCACGUGUGGCGUAGAAGUAGGCUACACGAUGGAAAGGUAGAGCGUAAGGCUCCUCUUGUGGUGAUGAAUGGGGAUGAAAUAUUAGAACAACUAGAUCAGUUGGAGUUUCCAGUUAUAAGUAAACAUCCUUCAAUACAGGAUAAGAAAAGAAAGAGAGCUCUUAAUUGGACGAAAAAAAGUAUUUUUUUCAAUCUUCCUUAUUGGUCGAGACUUUUGUUACGUCACAAACUUGAUGUAAUGCACAUUGAGAAGAAUGUUUGUGACAAUUUGAUUGGUACGUUAUUGAACAUCGAAGGGAAAACGAAGGAUACCACGAAUACUCGGUUGGACUUACAAGAUCUGAAGAUAAGAAAGGAUUUACAUCUUGUAGAAGUGGGUAACCGAUUGGUGAAGCCACAUGCGAGCUACACGUUGACUACCAGUGAACGAGUAGAGUUUUGUAAGUUUCUGAAAUCAGUUAAGUUUCCCGAUGGAUUUGUUUCCAAUAUAUCGAGAUGUGUGCAUGAAAGAGAGGGGAAAAUAUCAGGACUAAAAACGCACGAUUGUCAUGUUUUAUUACAUCGACUACUACCAAUUGGUAUUCGAGCAUUCUUACCGAAGAACGUAUACACUGCUAUAACCAAAUUAUGUAAUUUUUUCCGUGACUUGUGCGCCCGAACGAUAAGAGUAAGUGAUCUAGAUAGAUUGCAAGCAGAUAUCAUAAUCAUACUUUGUAAGUUGGAAAGAAUAUUUCCACCUGCCUUUUUUAGCGUUAUGGUGCACCUUGCCGUUCACUUACCAUAUGAAACGAAGAUCACUGGUCCGGUUUCUUAUAGUUGGAUAUAUCCGAUUGAAAGGAGUCUACGAACGUUAAAGCAGUAUGUUAGAAACAAAGCACGUCCUGAGGGGUCAAUUGCAGAAGGCUAUGUCAUGAAUGAAUCUAGCACCUUUUGUUCACGUUACCUACGUGGUAUAGAGACUCGGUUCACAAGAGAUGAGCGAAAUGAUGAUACCAUUGUAGAGAACGAGGUAAUUGGUGACUUUGAAAUUUUCAAGCAGAAAGUACGACCCUUAGGUGCAUCAAGUGUUCGUGCUAUAUCAGAGGAAGAGAAACGACUCUUCCAUUUGUACAUACUGAAUAAUGCUGACGAAAAUAUCAGAGUAUCGCAAGUAAGCAUAUUCAUCAUCUUUGUAAUUUUUAAAUAUUUGUUAUAUAUUGUUCUUACAUAAAUUAAACUCAUCUCUCUAUUAGGAAACAUUUGAGGCUCCAACGUCGACAUGCUCAAAAUUCUAUGGAUUUGUAUAAAAUACAUGAACGAGCAUUCCCUGAAUGGUUUCAAGCACAGGUGUUAGAACUGCGUCAGUCUGCAAACCUAUCUGAUGAUUUCUUCUCACUAGCGAUGGGACCAUCCUUUGACGUUCGUUGUUACAAUGGAUGCAUCGUAGGUGGUGUAAGAUUUCACACUAUUGAACUUGAUUCUCGACGUACUACUCAAAAUAGUGGAAUAAUGGUCAUUGGUGAAAGCGAUGCAAGUGGAACUGGAGACAAUAAUUUCUACGGUGUUCUGGACGAAGUGUUGCACGUACAAUAUUCGUUGGGAAGAAAUGUAUGGCUAUUUAAGUGUCGGUGGUAUGACACGGACGUAAACAAAAGUCAAAGAACGACACACGUUGAAGUAGGGUACAAAUCUCUCAACACAUCCCGUUUUUGGUACGCGGAGGAACCUGUAAUUCUUGCAACUUAAGCACAUCAAGUUUUUUAUGUAGAUGAUCCAAAAAAUGGUAGCAAUUGGAAAGUUGUGCAAGUCAUCCAAAAUAAGCAUAUUUGGGACGUGCCAGAAGUGGAGGAUGUUCAGAAUGACCAUAUUAAUAUACUAGAAGUUGUUGUAAGCCACCAAGUGGAUGACCACAUCGAGGAUUACACUCUAUGCAGAAAUGACGUUGAUCCCACAAUCGUUGAAAGACCGGUUGUGCGUCAUGUCACUGACGACUUCAUCGACGAUGUGGAUGAACACUUGUCACAUGCAAGCGAUGAGGAAUUAUAGUGACAAGUUAAACCACUCAUUAUGUCAUAUCGACGAUCAAAUUUUAUGGAGACGGACGAUAUGUUCCUUCAGUUUGAGGAGGAUUUAGAUAACAUUGCGGGAGGGUCGUCAUCUGUGGGCGACAAUACGGGGUCUUCUUCUCAACAAAUGACUCCGACUCCUAGGAGACGUGCGCAGUCUCGACUCUUGGAGUUAGAGCGCCACGUUGUAAUAAAUGGGCGCAUUCUGAUGACGAUCGCCCCUGGAGCGGAGAAACCUAUUUCUCCACACGUCGUUCGCUUCAGCCAGGCGAUAGACGUGUGCGUGCGAAAGACAUUUCCCGUCCGCUGUCUUAAGUGGGCGGACAUUGGGAGAGAAUACAUUGAGGUCAUCAAGGGCGAUCUCCAGAUAAUUAAAUGCACUACACAUUUAUAUAUGCUUUCAUUUGAAACAUAUCUAACUUUAACCAAUCUAAUGUGUUAUGUUUGUAAUGUGUAGCGAUUGUUUGUGCUUGAUUUCAAUGAUCAAGCAAUGAACAGGUUUGUUGAGCAUCAGAUGCUCACGACCUUUAAAGAGUUCCGGGCCGACUGUCAUAGACAUUUCAAAAAGUACAGCAACCCGGAGGAGGCUCGUGCCAACCCACCAAACGCAUUGGUUGGACAUGAUGAGGAUUGACACUUCCUUUGCGACCAUUAUAUCAGCCGUGCAUUCCAGGAGCAAUCACGGACAAACAAGGCUGCUAGACAGAAGCAGCCUUACAAUCAUAGUAGCGGGUCCAAGUCGUUUCUACAACGAUAGUAUGAGCUCGCUGAAAGAAGAGGGUAGCCGGUCGAUCGUGUGGAAUUGUUCCGGGAAACACACGUUCGAGCUGAGACAUUCGUGUCGCAGGCCGCCGAGGAUGCGCAUAAUCAAAUGCUGGAACUCCAAUCCCAGCCUACCCCAGAGGGUAGUCAGCCACUCUCUGAGGAUGAGAUAUGCGAUCAGGUGUUGGGUAAACGACCAGGCUACUCAAAAGGCCUUGGUUAGGGACCCAAGCCGAAGGCCCGCAGAACGGCAAGUGCAAGCAGUUCGUCGACAUCUUCUUCGCAGUCCACCCAAAAAGAAAUUGAAUUAUAAGCUAAACUUCAUAAAGCUUUGGAACGGAUUGAAGUACAAUAUAGAAAUCACCAAGCAUUAGCUUCACAAGUGGAAGCUAUGAAAAAGAUGAUUGAAGAUCUAACUCGUGCACAAUAGGGACCACCACAUGAUCCCUAGCUCUGCGGAUCGAAGGUGUAGAAUGACGCGCAUACGCACCUCGUUGGGAGAUUUUUCAUUUUGUUUAUGUUUUUUCUAUUUUAAGAACUAUAUUUUGUUGUAGUCAACUUAUUCGUAUUAUUAAUUUUAAUUCUAUUUUUUU